AUGGACAAAGUGGUCUAUAUGAGACCUUUGAUAAAUCAAGAAAACAACAAGGAGAUCAGUAAUUUCACUCACUCUUCUUUCACUGUAGCUACAUGUACCUUGAUGGAUGCUAAUCGUUGCUCAGCAAGAAAUGGUCGCUGUAGGAAAAACUGUGCUAAAAAUGAAAAGCAAGUUGAUAUAUGUUUUUCACCAAGUAAGAUCUGCUGUGCGGAAAGGUUAUAUGAAGAAGAUUUUCUGUUUUGA